AUGCAUGUCAUCUCAUGGCUGGCCGGACUCGGGCGCACGGAGUCGGUGGACGACUAUGAUGGAGUCCUGGUUUCUUUGGAAGACGCCCAUCUUCACAGCCACUCGGCGCGGGUUGGCAGGGUCGAGUUUGAAUCGCAGGACGACGGCGCAGGGGACGACGAUGACGAGGUGAACUCGGCAAAGGACGACCAGGGGGAGGGCAUGCUGCUGAUGAAUGCCGCCGAGUACACCAUCGAGGGGCUGAGGGCAGAGAUGAGGCAAGGCAAGAGAGGGAAAUGGACGGAUUAUGAAAUCAAAUCGAAGCUCAUCAACAAGGCCAUCCAAGACAUUGGCAUGGGGCGCUAUAACUGGCAGCUCUUUAUACUGUGUGGCUUCGGGUGGUUUGCUGACAAUCUAUGGUUACAGGGCGUCUCACUGACCUUGCCAUCACUGUCAGCCGAGUUUGACAUACCAGAAAAGACUGUGAGGUAUACCACGAGCUCCUGCUUCAUCGGCCUCUCCUUGGGCAGUUUCCUCUGGGGAAUCGGAUCCGACCUCUUUGGCCGCCGGAUCGCUUUCAACAUGACGCUACUUAUCACGAGCGUCUUUGGCAUCUUAGCCGCGUACGGCAAAAGCUGGGGGGCCGUGUGCUUCCUCUACGCAGCAUUCGGAUUCGGCGUUGGUGGAAAUCUCCCAGUUGAUGGCGCCUUGUUCCUCGAGUUUCUGCCAGACGCCUCCAGCUCGCUGCUGACGCUGCUGUCCGUGUGGUGGCCCAUCGGCCAGCUGGUAUCUUCGCUUGUGGCCUGGUUCUUCAUCGCCCAGUGGCCCGUCGACAUUGGCUGGCGCUACUUUAUUCUGACUAUUGGCAUCAUCACCUUUGCCAUGUUCUGCAUUCGCUUCUUUCUCUUCCACAUGUUCGAGUCACCCAAGUUCCUCCUUAACCAAGGCCGCCAGCAUGAAGCGGUUGCUGUCGUUCACGGCAUCGCCUCUCGGAACGGCGCCAAGACGUGGCUCACCUCAGAGAUUCUCGAUCUGGUUGCGGCGGAAGAUGCGGAGCAGUCCAGUCAUGUUGCUCGUCGGUAUUCCGUGUCUUCGACACCACGCUCUAAUGUCCUGAAGGAGAAGCUCAAGGCGUUCUCGGGCGAUCGACUGCGGCCGCUGUUCCAGACCAAGACUCUGGGUCUUGCAACCUCUCUAGUGUGGUUCUGUUGGGCAACGAUAGGAAUGGGAUACCCGCUGUUCAACGCCUUUCUGCCCCAGUACCUUUCUCAUCACGACUCCGAUUCGGGCAGCGACGCAAUGCAGUCCGAGACGUCGACGAUAUCCGGCGUCACAUACCGCAACUACGCCAUCACAUCCAUCAUGGGCGUCCCCGGCAGUCUCCUGGCCGCCUACCUCGUCGACCACCCAUCUCCCUUCCUCGGCCGUCGCGGAACGCUAGCCAGCUCCACCGUCGUCUCAGCAGUUUUUCUCUUCGUCUUUGCAGCAUACGGCACCACGCCAACCGCCCAGCUCAUCUUCUCCUGCAUCGAAGCUUUCGCCCAGAACAUCAUGUACGGCGUCCUGUAUGCUUUUACGCCCGAGAUCUUCCCUGCCCCCGUUAGAGGCGCGGGCACAGGCGUGGCGAGUUUUCUCAAUCGACUGACGGGCUUGAUGGCGCCGGUUCUGGCGGCGAACAUUCCUGGAGACGGGUCGACUACGCCUAUAUACAUGUCUGCCGUUUUGAUCUUGGCGGCGUUUGUGGCCAUGUGUCUGAUUCCGAUUGAGACUCGGGGUGCGCAACGGUUGUAG